AUGUCAAACCUUGCAGCCAUUGAGGAUGAACAUGUUCUCGCCGAGAUGCUGGAAGUGGAGACGGAAUUCGAGAAACGCGGUGCCAUCCGGGCACGUUUGAUGGAAAUCAAAAAACAAAAGAAAGAAGAGCGAGAGGCUCAAGCAAAGAAACGCGAAGAUGACCGAGAAAUGGCCAUUCGGAACAAAGCAGUACAAGCUGAUCUGAAAAAACAGAGAACCCUGGAAAUGUAUGACGCGAUGGCGAAGUCGGCUCCCGCUGGCAGCGCAAAAGUCAUGGACGUCGGAAUUUAUAAAACCGGCGAGGCGGGUGAAGGCAUUGUCACUUCGGUCAACCAGGGUCUGGUUGAAGACGCUAUAAAAGAAACUGCGAAGCAGCGUGAGCUCGAGAAAAAGCGAAUGCUGGCAGCAUUCGAAGCAGCAGCCAAGUCUGGUCCUGCCGGAGCUCCGAAAGAAGUGAACUUCGAUGCUUUCAAAAGAGCAGACGUCAGUGGUUUCGACGCUUCGCGCAAGGAAUACGAUUCCACCAUGCAAGUCUCUGGUGGCAUUCCCCUAUACGAUCCAAACUUGAUAAAGUCGCCGACAUCCAGUACCCCGGCGUCCUGCAUGAACGGUCCGGACUUCGCGGCAGCGUCCAGGAAUGCGGAUCUUCCGAUGGACGCCAUGCAACGAGCCAUCAAAGAGCGUCAGGAAUCCUGCGACGCCGAGAAGAAACGAAUCUUAGCAGCCUACGCCGUGGCCGCUAAGCAAGGACCGGGUCCGAAACAGAACGUUCUAGACGAUUUCAAGAAUUUCAAGAUCGAUGACAGCGAGGCUCUCAAAACGGAGCACAGUUCCUGCGCUGGCUUCAAAGGCGGCGUUCCUCGGAGCCAAGCUACCGACGCUGCGAAAUCCAUGAGGUCCACCUGUUUUGCACCUGCAAAGCCCAUGCCCCCGCCUGUGCUCAACAUCCGUAGAGGCUCAACUUCAACUUACUCGAUAAGUCCUCUCAGCUCGCCGCCGUCGACAAAUACGCCUCCGUCUGCCGGCACACCUCGAUCUGGAGGACAGGUGGGCACAAAUCUGAAUCAGGCUGUGGAGAAGCUCGAGAAGAUGGACGCGAUCCAGAAGGCGGUUCAGCAGCGCAACGAAGCCGCCGAGCAGGAACGCCAACGUAUCCUAGCCGAGUACAUAGCGAGGAAGAAUGGCACCUUCUCCAGGGAAAGCACCCCUGCAAGGGAGAGUCAAACAUCGAGGUCGAGCAGUAGUCCGAGAGUAGUUCGAUCCUCGGCGUUCAGACCCAUUCCCAUCAGACCACCAAGACCGCUGAAAUGA